CUUCAAAGGCGGUAAAAAGUCGAGAGCAGGAAGAGCCUGGGUACAGCUUCUGCCAUGAAGAAGUGGUUUUGCCUCGGCAGUAGGUGCCAGGCUCCAUCCAGCCCCGCGGAUCCCCGGAGGAGCAGCAGGGGUGCGUGGCCCCACGUUUACAGCAGGGCGAGGCGCAAGUUCCACAAGGCUGCGAGCGAGGGCGACGUGGCCAGAGUGGAGGGUCUUCUCCUCCUCGGGAAGAGUGAACUCAAUGAAGGCGACAGGAAGCGCAGGACCGCUCUCCAUUUUGCCUCUGCAUGUGGUCAGGCAGAAGUGGUGACUCUCCUGGUAGAGAAGAAAUGUAAUAUCAAUGCAUGUGACAGUGACAGUAACAUCACACUGAUUAAGGCUGUGCAGUGCAACCAGGAGCACUGUGCGGCCAUUCUCCUGGAGCACGGUGCAGACCCGAACAUUGCAAAUGCCAGGGGCAAUACUGCUCUCCAUUAUGCCGUCUACAGUGAGACCACAGCCAUAGCAGCGAGGCUUCUUUCACACAGCGCAGACACUGAGGCGAAAAGCAAGGAUGGCCUCUCGCCACUUUCACUUACUCUGAAGGAAAACAGACAGGAAGUGGCAGAAUUAUUUCAAAAAGCUAAAAGAAAUACUGAAGAAAUGGAUAAGCCAGGAAG